UAUUAUUUUGUCUUUUUCAUUUUUCUGGGCCAAUUUAGUGGAAGAAAUUUGAAGGGUCUGUUUUAAGAGUAGAAUGGCCUGCUGUUGAUAUUGGAGGCACUAAGCCCAAAAACAAACAGCCCAUUCUUGAACCAUCUUUACAAAAGGUAAAGCACGCUCCCAUUGGCUGGUUCGUAGUGCUACGGAUCGAGGAACCACGGCCCUCGAUUUUAAGACUUAUCAACGGCUCAGAUUCCCGCCUCUCCUCCUCCAAAACAUUUCACCGGAAACACAAAAUUUCGAAGUUCCCGCGAUUCCACUCCCCAAAUCAGCAAUUAAAUACCCCCAAAGCUUCCACCAUUUCCAUCGCAUCUAAAUCAAGUUUCUCCAAUAUUCUCGAGAAACAAACACAGUCAAUCGAAAUCCUUCAGACCUUCGAUUUCGUUUUUUCUCAAUGGCUCGUACCAAGCAGACUGCUCGUAAGUCCACCGGAGGGAAGGCCCCUCGCAAGCAGCUGGCAACAAAGGCUGCUCGGAAGUCGGCUCCCGCUACUGGUGGAGUGAAGAAGCCUCAUCGUUUCAGGCCAGGGACUGUGGCGCUGAGAGAGAUCAGGAAGUACCAGAAGAGCACUGAGCUCUUGAUCCGCAAGCUUCCGUUCCAGAGGCUUGUGAGAGAGAUUGCUCAGGACUUCAAGACCGAUCUCCGGUUCCAGAGCAGCGCAGUGGCGGCGCUGCAGGAGGCGGCGGAGGCCUACUUGGUAGGUCUCUUUGAGGACACCAACCUCUGCGCCAUUCAUGCCAAGCGGGUCACCAUUAUGCCCAAGGACAUCCAGCUUGCUCGUAGGAUUAGGGGGGAGAGGGCUUAGAAACCCGAAAUCUAGGGUUUUGGAAUUAACAGUAUGUAGUAGAUUCUUCAUGCUUUUUGGUGGGAUUUGGAAGUGGAUAUGUAAAGUUUGAAUCUUGAAGGUUGAAUGGUAAAUCUUUGCUUGCUAAUUGA